ACAGGAAGCUGCACCAAAAAAGAAAGCAGCAGCUUAUUUUCACACUGCGCUUAGAGAAGCAGCAGGUCUUAUCACGUUUUUUAAAGGUACGGUCGAGCUUUAUGGAUCUGGCAGCCUUAAAAAUCUGAGUGACGUUGGUUUCUGAAAAUCAACCUACAGUAUUUUUUCUUUAAAAAACUGAUCUGAACAUAAACAAAGACAUCCAUGAUGAACCAGACAAACUGCACCGACCCUAAAGCAGAAUUCCAGUACUAUCUCUUCCCAACGGUCUACAUCCUGGCUUUAAUUAUAGGCCUUCCGGGAAAUCUGGUGGCGCUGUAUGUCUUCACCAUCCGGAUCAGCCCUCGAACGGCUUUUAGUGUCUACAUCAGCAACCUGGCCGCGGCGGACAUCAUCAUCCUCUGCAUGCUGCCCUUGCGGAUCCACUACCACCUCCAUGAGAACGAAUGGGAGUUUGGAGACUUCGCCUGUCAACUCACUGGGCUUCUGUACUAUGCCAACAUCUACAUGAGCAUCUGCUUCAUGACCUGCAUCUGCGUGGACCGCUACAUGGCCACGGUGCAUCCACACGCCUACCUGAGAAUGCGGAACCCAAAAUGGUCUCUGCUGGUAAGUGUGGCUCUGUGGUGUUUUGGUGGAGUGGCUAUACUGGUCUUCAUCCUCAUGGGUCCACUGGAGAGAGGGGAUGACCACAGCUGUUUUGAAAACUUCGCUACCAGAGAGUGGAACGACCGAUUGAGGACUUACAGUAUAGUCAGUCUAGUUUUUGGCUCCCUGAUGCCCUCCGUAAUCAUCCUGGUGUGCUACCCGCUGGCAGCCAAACGCAUUUCCAUGAUCGGCACCAAAACAGCUCAGAAGGCUGUGAGGGUCAUCUACACCAUCCUGGCCAUCACAUUGUUCUGCUUCCUGCCACACCAUGUGGUUUACCUCCUGCACCUUCUUCAGCGCCUGGAGGUCAUCCAGAACUGCUCCGUCCGGACUUCCAUCUACAACGCCAGACGAGUUACCAUGGCGCUCAUCACCCUCAAUACAUGCCUGGACCCUGUGCUCUACUACAUAACCACCAGCCAUUUCAGAUGGGAGCACCUAAAAAGGUCGUGGCUUUGGGGCAUAGUGAGCAGGAGAAGGGGCGUUUACACCAUCUCAAGUGACCUGAAGGAGAUAAUAACGCCUGUACAGAGAACCCUGUAAAAUGCAAAGACUUUGUGAUAUAAAAAUUGAAAGCUUUUCACACCUAAUAGAUUAAUAGACUUAGUUCGAUUGGAGACCAAAGUAGCAACAAUUGUUACAUUUUCAGCUGGUGCGGUUUACUUUCACCAUGCACUGAGAAAUGAACCAAACUGUUAGGAAAAACCUGUUUAGCUCCUCGUCUGUGGUGUUGCUGCACCAAGAACCACUGAAGGUAAUAACACAAAAACCUCUGAAGACACAACUGCAACUCCCUUAUUUGUAAAAUGCAAACAAAAAUGGAAUGGCGUCAGAUUUUAGUGUUAUCAGGCUUUCUAUUUUGUCUUUGGUAAUAAACCAUGAGCCAUUUCUAGACACAUGCAAUAUUCUUGCACUAUUUCUGGAGUGAUCUCCGGUCCACUUAGCAUUCACAUUUGAGCAGCACCACAGUUCACCUUCAACCAAACCCAGACCUAGGUUUAUAGACAGACCAGAGUUUGCUUUAUUUGUCCGCAUCAGAGUUUGAUUGUGCAUUCACACAUCUGAUGAACCAAGCCUUUGAGGCAAAGAACUAGAGUAUCAUUAAAUAGGACUAAAUAAACCUGGCUGGUGUGAAUACAUUCUAAAGCCUUUUAACUUUAAUGUAUUCUUUGAACUGAAAAACAGUCAACAGUAACCUAUUGCAUAACAAAUUCUGCAAAUCAGUCAGAUUGUGAAGAGAUCUCUUAUCCACAGAUUUCCUUUCAGGUUCAGUUCUACCCUUCUUCAUCUUGAGCCUAGAUGUUUCCUGUCACAAGUAAAACAACAAGUAGUUGCUAAAAAUUCUGCAACUCCUUCUUUGUUGCUAUAUGCCACAGAUGUUUGUCUACCUCCCUGACCCGCUUCUAUUUUCUCUUUUGGUCAAUUUUAGAAAGACAUCCAAUUCUUGUAAUGUAUUUGUGCAUUUAUUCAUUAUCCCUUCUACAAGGUUAAAGAGAUUGCUUAACAUUGAAGGCAAGUGUAAAUUUAUUCAACCUGACAGCUGAAAUAAAUUCAACACAAAUGUGCAAACUUAUGAAACGCAGAACUUCAGCUUUAUUUUUUUAUAUUUUACAACUAAUGGAUUUGUUUUUCAGCUGAAUUGUACAGGAAUUGUGAUAUGUUGUAUAGCAUACAACAUAUCACAUUGAAAGUGAAAGUAUGUAAAUGCAUUAAGGUCUCUUUUAAACAGGGGUGUGCACACAUUUUACAACUAGUGUCGAUGUAAACACACAACUCAAACACUGGAUAAAUAGGUACAAUAUUAAGAGAUGAAGCUCUUUCUGUAAAACUGUAUAUAAUGGUGGCAAAUUUCAAAAUAAAAUAAUCAAAAUCUGAAUUUCUCUGGAAGCUUCAGUCAUUUGACCAACGGGAAUGGAGCCUUUGUAGUUGUUAAGUGUCUCUGCUAACAAAAAGGAAGCAGCUCUAGCUUCAGUAUUUACGUUGACAAGACAACGAACUGACAUUUUCCGCACUGAAGAGCAGGUGAUGGAAACGUUCCAUUAAGAGUCAAAUCUUUCCAAGUUACAUUGCUCUAAAACAAACAAAAACAA